AUGGCAGAUCUUCUUCCGUUUGUAGCUGCUUGCUUUCCUGACCAAGACUUGUUGGAUACUAGAGAUACUAGAGAAAAACUACGUGUUUCUCAUGCUAUUUGUCCUCAAGAUUUUUCUCCUUUCUUAUUGCUUCCAGAACCAAACUUCGUGUCAUCUUACGACAUUGGGAAUUUCACCUACUUCUUUUUCCGAGAAAAUGCUGUGGAGCAUGACUGUGGAAAAACUGUGUUCUCAAGAGCAGCCAGGGUCUGCAAGAAUGACAUUGGGGGACGGUUCCUUCUGGAGGACACCUGGACCACGUUCAUGAAGGCGCGUCUGAACUGCUCCCGCCCUGGGGAGGUCCCCUUCUACUACAACGAAUUGCAGAGCACUUUCUUCCUGCCAGAGCUGGAUCUGAUCUAUGGCAUCUUCACCACCAAUGUCAACAGCAUCGCUGCCUCGGCUGUGUGUGUCUUCAACCUGAGUGCCAUCUCGCAGGCCUUCACUGGCCCCUUCAAGUACCAGGAGAACUCACGCUCCGCCUGGUUGCCUUAUCCCAACCCCAACCCCAACUUCCAGUGCGGCACCGUGGACCAGGGCCUGUACGUGAACCUGACAGAGAGAAACCUGCAGGAUGCUCAGAAGUUCAUUCUGAUGCACGAGGUGGUGCAGCCGGUGACCACAGUGCCAGCCUUCAUGGAGGACAACAGCCGCUUCUCCCACGUCGCCGUUGACGUGGUGCAGGGCAGAGACAUGCUCGUCCACAUCAUCUACUUAGCCACAGAUUACGGCACCAUUAAGAAAGUGCGGGCACCCCUGAAUCAGACCCUGGGUAGCUGUCUGCUGGAGGAGAUCGAGCUCUUCCCUGAGAGGCGGAGGGAGUCCAUCAGGAGCCUGCAGAUCCUCCACAGCCAGAGCGUCCUGUUCGUGGGCCUGCGGGAGCACGUGGCCAAGAUCCCUCUGAAGAGGUGCCACUUCCACCGCAUGCGCAGCACCUGCAUAGGGGCCCAGGACCCUUACUGUGGCUGGGACAUGGUGAUGAAGAAAUGCACGAGCCUCGAGGAGAGCCUGAGCAUGUCACAGUGGGAACAGAGCAUCUCCACCUGCCCGACCAGGAAUCUCACAGUGGAUGGGCACUUCGGUGCGUGGUCUCCAUGGACACCCUGCACGCACACGGAUGGCAGCGCCGUGGGAUCCUGCCUCUGUCGAGCCCGCUCCUGCGACAGCCCCACGCCGCAGUGUGGCGGCUCACCGUGCGACGGCCCCAGCAUGGAGAUCGCCAACUGUUCCAGGAAUGGAGGCUGGACCCCGUGGACUUCGUGGUCUCCCUGCAGCACCACUUGUGGGAUUGGCUUCCAGGUGCGGCAGCGGUCCUGCAGCAACCCCACUCCUCGGCACGGGGGCCGGGUGUGCGUGGGACAGAACCGCGAGGAAAGAUACUGCAAUGAGCACUUGCUGUGCCCCCCUCAUGUGUUCUGGACAGGCUGGGGUCCCUGGGAACGGUGCACAGCCCAGUGCGGGGGCGGCAUUCAAGCUCGCCGCAGGACCUGUGAGAAUGGGCCCGACUGUGCAGGCUGUAACGUGCUCUUUUCAGAAGGCUGCCUUUUGCUCUUCCUGCUGCAAGAACGACUGAGCCUGGACACUGUGGGGCACUCACCCCACUUGCUGCCCUGGCACGGGCUCCACAGAGUGGAUGCAGAGAGACAGGGAGAAUGUUCCAGUGGAGAUGGUCAGCAUGAGAAGGUCUGCCUGGGCACCUUCUUUGCUGAUCUUUCCAGGCUUUCUGGUGAUUUCCUGCGUGCUGGCAGAUACUCUGCUCACACCGUCAACGGGGCGUGGUCAGCCUGGACGUCAUGGUCCCAGUGCAGCCGCGACUGCAGCAGGGGCAUUCGGAACCGGAAGCGUGUUUGCAACAACCCCGAGCCCAAGUACGGGGGCAUGCCUUGCCUGGGCCCGUCCCUGGAAUACCAGGAGUGCAACAUUUUGCCCUGCCCAGUGGACGGCGCGUGGUCUUGCUGGUCUUCCUGGUCAAAAUGCUCAGCAACGUGUGGCGGCGGACACUACAUGAGGACCCGUUCAUGCACGAAUCCCGCUCCGGCCUACGGAGGGGACAUCUGCCUGGGGCUGCACACAGAAGAGGCGCUGUGUAACACGCAGCCCUGCCCCGAGAGCUGGUCGGAGUGGUCAGCCUGGUCUGAGUGUGACGCGUCUGGUGUCCAAGUCCGGGGCCGCCAGUGCAUCCUUCUGUUCCCUGUGGGCACCCAGUGUUCCGGAAACACCACAGAGAGCCGCCCAUGUGUUUUUGAUUCUAAUUUCAUCCCGGAAGUAUCUGUGGCAAGAUCCAGUAGCAUAGAAGAUAAAAGGUGUGGAGAGUUCAACAUGUUCCACAUGAUCGCCGUGGGGCUGAGCAGUUCCAUCCUCGGCUGCCUCGUCACCCUGCUCGUGUACACCUACUGUCAGCGUUACCAGCAGCAAUCCCACGAUGCCACUGUCAUCCACCCCGUCUCGCCUGCCCCUCUCAACACCAGCAUAACGAACCACAUCAACAAACUGGACAAGUACGACUCGGUGGAGGCCAUCAAGGCAUUUAACAAAAACAACUUGAUUCUAGAGGAAAGAAACAAAUACUUCAACCCACAUCUCACUGGGAAGACAUAUUCUAAUGCCUACUUUACAGAUCUCAAUAAUUAUGAUGAGUAUUAAAAGCUCUUCUAUUUUUGGCUUCUUGUAAAUCCUCAGUUCCUCAAGUCCUGUGCUCCAUGACUGUCCAUGUUUCUGAGGCUCCAGAGAUGAUGUUUGGAUACAUUUCACAUUCAUUUCAAGCUGCAAAUGUCCUGUUGCUGCCAGAAAUACAUGUCCUUAAAAGCAACAAAAAUGUAAACAUGACAUCCUGAAAAUCUGACCUACAAGUUUUGAUUAUUGUUGAAUGAGUCACAGUGUGAGGUUUUCUAUUGUGUUCAGUCCGUUUCUCUAACAAGUCCAUUUUUUUCUUGAGCUUUAUCUUAUAAAUAUGCCACCCACAUGGGAAGGAGUCUUUAGAAAUGUGCACAUCUUAUAGCUUUUGAGUGUAAAUCUCCAUGAUCUUUUAAUUCAAGAAAAUAGGCACUUUAUCUGAGAGUCCCCCCCACCUCCACAAGAGUGCAUAGGUUUGUAGUAUUUAAUAAAAUGAAGAAAACGAACGUGGCCAAACAAUUAUUCACCAUGAAUCUUUCACCUUACCGAAUCUGGAUAAUACAUGGAUUCUCGGAAGCAUCUUGUGUUUGGACAUAGAAUGAUUGUGGCCGGGGGAAGCCUAGGGAUUACACCUGGCCUGCACCUGCAGAGGUGAGGGUUGAGUGUGGCCCACCCCACUGUGGAUUUGACACAGUUACUGUGUUAUCACUGGUGGAGGUGGACACACGGAGCAGAGGCACAGACUCAACGAGGUGUGAACCCGUUCUGUAGGUUGCUGCAAAACUAGCCUUAUUCUGACUUUCGUAUUUCAUGGUAUUCCAGGGAGCUCCGUGCCAUGCUGUUGGCCUGGAAGCCCACCUGUCUGCUCCAUACUAAUGUCCUGAAGAGCCAGUCUGUAAAUAACCACUUGUUUAGCAGUUGGAUAGACUACACCUCCUCUCUUCCUGCAAAGAAAAAUCCUGAACAUUUAUGAUGCCAAUUAGGGAAAGUAUUGAAAGUACUGAACUAUAACUAAAAACAACUUUUAAAAUUUUCCGUGUUAUGGAAAGUAUUAAAGGAACUGACGUUUAAUGAAAAGCAA